UACUGUGUGCAGAACCCUCUUCUCUCCCUCCCUCCCCUGCCCCUCUCCCUGGCAGAAUGAGUGAGAGAGACCCACGAAGCUGGGGCACCUGGGGCUGGCUGCUGGUACUUUGCCUCGCCACGCUGGGGGCACAACCAGCCUUGACUUCAUCGCACCCCCGGACCCACUCAGUGCGUGUGGAGCCUGGUACUUGUGAGGUGAUUGCUGCCCAUCGCUGCUGCAACAAGAACCGCAUCGAGGAGCGAUCUCAGACAGUGAAAUGCUCCUGCUUUCCAGGCCAAGUGGCUGGCACCACACGGGCAGCACCCUCCUGUGUGGAUGCCUCCAUUGUCCUGCAGAGAUGGUGGUGCCAGAUGCAGCCAUGCCUGACUGGAGAGGAGUGUAAGGUGCUGCCAGACCUUUCUGGGUGGAGCUGCAGCACUGGGAACAAAGUGAAAACCACAAAGGUGACCCGAUAGCCUGGAGCCAUAGCCUGGGUGGGGGUCAGUCCUAGGCAAGGUCCUCAUGCAAUGAGAUGGUGAGGCAGAGUGAGUAUCCAACCUUCAGCCAGACUCCUGAGAGUGAAGAGAUCAAGGGGACAAGCUGUCGUGACCAUGUGGGGCACAGUGACCCCCGCGGGGCCUCGAGGAUUACAAGGAGCCGGUCACACUGCCUGUUGGCAGGGGAGAACCAAAGACUAGAUCUCCUCACUCUCUGCUGAUCUCCACCCUGGAGGCUCCUCCCUGCCACCUCCGUGGGACUUCGUGAGCCGGGAUACAGCUCUGGGCUGCUUGCAGACAAGCAGGCAGGCAGGUCAGACCUUCUUUCUGGCCUUUUCAUCUGGUCCUAAAGUCCACAGUGUUUUGGAAGGGGAAAUCGUUCCCUGGAACAGGGCUAGGAUGAUGGGAAGAAGAGGACUCAGCCGAUGGCCUUCCUACCAACUGGAGCUUCUUUCUUGAG